AUGGAAGCGAGCAGCAGAGUGGCGGUGCAGGUGUUGCUGUUGACGUUGGUGGUUCAGGUCGCCCUGUCCCAGCACUGGUCCUAUGGAUGGCUUCCAGGUGGGAAGAGGAGUGUGGGGGAGCUGGAGGCGACCAUCAGGAUGAUGGGCACAGGCGGAGUGGUGUCUCUUCCUGAGGAGGCGAGUGCCCAAACCCAAGAGAGACCUCGACCAUACAAUGUAAUUGAUGAUGGUCCCAGGCAUUUCCACCGAAAGAAAAGGUUCCCUGAUAAUUGA